AUGGUGCGCGUGCCCGGAUCUUCUGAGGCCUCUGGAUUUCACCGUGAGUCCACUGGCGAAGAUGUCAAGAUGAAGCAAGAACCUGGGAUUGAAGUGUCAGCGACAGAGGGAUCGACGCAGACACGCAGAAGCACAAGAUCCUCAGAUCAUCAGAGUUUUGGGAGGGGCUCUGAUGAAAUGAAAAUGAAAGAGGAAGAUCGAGAGAUCGAUCUGGAAGAUAAACCUCAACCCCCUCCUAGGGUCCUUUCGGGGGCCACCGCAGAUCGCUCUUUCCAGAGCGAUCUGCUGGAUGAAAAUUCAAUGAUGAAAACCAAAUCGGCGAAAGCCAAACCCUAUGCCUUAGUCGAUAGGUCGCCCGACCUCAAGCCGAGGAGCACAAUCGCGAGAUCGACCACAUCGGAACGAUCCACGACGAGAUCGAUGGGAUCAGACGUCAAAGAUCGCCAGAUCGGCCGAACCGCGCAACCGAAGAUCGGAGUCAAAGAGGAAUACGAUGAAACACCGGAUAAGAUCGCGAUACCGAAGACGGAAUAUAACCCAAUGAAGAUCGCGUCCAGGGAGAAGGAGACGACGGGUGAAGCGCGGGAGCGUGCAAAAUGGCAUUACUAUUAUGGCCAUUUGAAGACGCUGCUCAAGACGGACCCAGUGUUCAAGAUAUUAAGGCCCAAGUUGAUGAUGUUGGACGACAUGGGUGUCUGCCCUAACGCCUUUGAUGGAGAUGAACUGCUGAGUUGCAGCUUGGAACGGUUGAAGAACGCGGCGAAUGAGUUUGUGGAGAUCAUGAUAGUGCUGGUGAGCAAAGCGAAUACUCCUGAAGACAAGAUCGGGACACCCUCGGGCUCGCUCCGGAAACACCCCGCGGGAUCGCCCCGCUACGCCUCGGACGACUCCGAGAGCGAGUCAGAUGGAUCCAUCAGCAUUUGUCGGAUGUCUCUGGGACCAUCGGGUGGUACGUUUUUAAAGGACAAGAUCGGCCAAGCCAAUACCGACGCCUUUAAAGGACAAGCCAGGAGCGACAUGCCACGGAGAUCGGCCGGUACCCGUACUGGGCUGGAUGAUCAGGAAGAGGGCGAUCUAAGUCGGUACUUCAAUUCAGCCAUGAAGGAGUACGAGGCGGAUCAACGUACAGCUCAGCGAAUGAAUCGACAGCCAAACCGCCACCCAGAUCGCCGUACUUUUCUCCAACCCUCACACGAAAGCCAUGACAUGCCGGAUGUGGAGAUGGAAUCGGUGGAGUCGGACACUUACCAACAGAUCCAUCAUGGGGCGGAAUACGACCCGGAUGAUUUAUGA